UUGGUCGAGAGAGGGGCGCAGGUGAGGCAGGAAAGUAACCUGGGAGCUCUUCAGGAUGGAGGUCAAGUGGAAGGCCGCAGCUCUCGUCCUCGCUCUUUGGUGUUGCUGCGAUGCUCUGCGCGUUACCUCCGUGUCGCCACGCAGAGGAAGCGUCAAUGGAGCCACACGACUCACUAUUCAAGGAGAUGGUUUUGCACAGGAGCGGCAGUUCCAGCUGAAUCCAGUAGACGACAUGUUUGGAAACCGUGUGACCCUGGUGUCAAACACCCUGUCAGUCCCCUGUGAUGUGGAGAGAGACUCCACACACAGCAACCAGAUCAUGUGCUACACCAGACCCAUGCCAUAUGAUGAUUAUGAAAUCCAUGUCAGUGUGGAUGGUGUUCCCAUUCCUGACAACAGCAUGUGCCGUUACAGUUGGCUCUGCAGCUUUACAACUGUUUGGUAUCUCACGCCUACUAUUGAAUCUCUGAGUCCAGUCAGUGGUCCUCCAGGCACACUGGUGACCGUGUAUGGACGUAUCUUUACUGAUGUAUAUGGAAGCAACACAGACUUGAGCUCAAAUGGAAUCAACGCCAGAUUUCUGAGAUCCUACAUGGGAGGGAUGCCUUGUGAGCUGCUUAAACCCAACUCAGAUGAACGGUAUAACCUACAACUGGUUUCUGAAUCUUCACAAAUGGGAUACAUGAGCUGCAAAAUGACGGGGACGUUUGUUGGUCAUCAAAACCUGAGUUACAUUCUUGAUGCAGACUUUGGGAGGAGUCAGGCAGUGAAGAAGCUCUACAGGGUUUCAGCUUUGGGCAAGCUGUCCAUGUUUCAGACCUUUGCAGAGGUGACAGGGGUCUUUCCUUCAGAGGGUAGCAUCAUGGGUGGAACUCUGUUGACCGUUCAGGGUCGUUUUUUUGACGAAACUGAUCAACCAGCACGCGUUCUCGUUGGAGGCCUGCCGUGUGAAGUUCAGAGUGUGGACGAUGACAGAAUCACAUGCAAGACUGCAGAACACCAGAUGAACAAGAACGCGGCAGUCUACCCGGGUGGAAGAGGCUUGAAAAUGGAGGUGUGGAACAACUCACGGCCCUCUUCCCUCAGCAAUAUUUGGAGCUACAACAAGAACACAACUGGCUACUGGUCUCAGUGGAUCGACUCCAUGCCCCACGUCUUCCCCAGAGAAAUGGAUUACUUCACCACACGAUUUACAGGCUUCUUUGUCCCUCCUGCCACCGGCAACUACACAAUAUACUUGCAGUGCGAUGAUCGAUGUGAUCUCUAUCUCAGCAACUCGAGCCGCCCUGAAAAUAAGGUUAAAGUUGCAUAUCAGCCAUAUUAUGUCAGUGACUACACACAACUGGCGUCACAAAAGUCACAAGUACUGGCCUUGGAGAAAGACAAACCGUAUUACAUGGAAAUUCUGCAACAGGAAUAUGGAGGUGCAGCUACCAUCAACUUUGGCUUGUUCCAAGGGGAGAGUUCCUACACAGAACACCAGAUGGAUAAUGCUGUCAAUGAAGUCCAGGACAUUGUUGCUGAUUACGACGUGUUUGAUGAAGAGCAGGUGGUUACCUUUGACAUGUGGCCCGCCAGUGUGGCUGGAGUCAAGGAAGUCCAGAACGUGACUGUCAGCAGCAGCUGUUCUGAUGCACUCUGUAGCAGCGCCUUCUUCAGCCUCGGCUAUGGACGUGCCAUGACUGCACCGAUCACAGUCAGCGCUUCAGCAGCUGAGGUAGAAGCAGCUUUGAACAGCCUGUGGUCCAUCAAACCCGACACGGUCAUGGUCACCAAACAACAAAGCAGCGAAGGGUCUCACUUUAUAGUCACUUUCAAUUCUGACAGAGGUGACUUUGAACCUCUUCACUUUGAGGUUUUUGGUUCGGACACCAACAUCACUGUUACUGAGGUUACCAAGGGGAGGAGCAACAUGAAAACCUUCACUCUGCUCUGGGGAGGAAUCCCUACAAAGCCCAUCGCCUUCAACGCAUCCGAAUCUGAGGUUGAGUCGGCUCUGGAAGACCUGAUGAAAGCAGAGUGUCCGGGGGAGAUCUUGACUUUUGAAGGCACUGAUGUGAAAUACUUCAAAGACUUUGAGAAUGACAAUUCGCAGUUCAAUAUUGCAAACGAAGGAACGCCUGUGGAUCACUCGGGAUUCUGUGGCCGGUGGUCGCUGAGGAACGCCGAGAUCCUUUUCAAGGACAGCUACACAACAGAGUCUGGAGAUACAUAUGGACCGGUUUCAUUGGACAAGCACCCAAUGCUUUGCUUUGCAUACAAAGGAAUGCUGAAAGAUGAAGUUGGAAUGAGGUUCACUUACCAGGACAACAAAGGCCAAACGCUAACACUGACAACAAACAUCAACACUAUCUUCAACAAGGGCUUCAAAUGGAGUUAUAAAUGCAUGAAUCUGCGAAGUUCUCUGCAGACCCAAUACAUUGGGAGCAGAUACAGUCUGCUGGAGUUUUACCUCUACAAGGAUGCUUCUGGUGAAGAUUUCUUCAUAGAUGCCGUUCAUAUUGGAAAGAUGGCCACUGCAAUUGAUGAAAAUGCUGUUCCUAACAAGAGGAGACCCGCUCCUUUUGAGGACUCUGGUCGGUCCUUCGAGUUGAUCUCCGUCAGCAAACAUGCAUCGUCUACUUCACGGAUCAGCUAUGAGAUCAAAGCCACACCUGCAGACUGUGCAUUUGAUUUUCCACUGCUAGGCGUUGGCUUCCUGCAGAUGUCCAACAACAGUGAGGACGUGGCUGAGUUUAAAGAAGGAGCUGCCACAGUGACCAUCGCCCGCCCUCACCGAGCCUCCCCUCCUCUGAACGGCACUUUUGAUGCGAUGAUUUACGGUGGUCGAGCUGAAGGUUUGUCUGUGGACAUCAGUGAGGAGGACCUGAAGUAUGCACUGGAGGGAAUUGCAGGGAUGGGCCAGGUCACUGUCCAAAAGUCUGGAACCUGCAGACAUUCCCAGUGGAGCGUUAAGUGGCUCACAAAGCCAGGAGACCAACCUCUGAUCCAGGUUGAUUACUCGUCAGUUGUCGGGGAAAAUGUCAUUGUUUCGGCCACGGAAACGCGAAAGGGAAGUUUGUGGAUUCAAAGCCUGACAGGAGACUUUUUCCGAGUGUGGGAAAACAAACCACAGGUGGAGGUUCAAAUCAACGGCAUCCCAUCAAAGUGUUCUGGUGACUGUGGCUUUAUAUGGUCUGAAGAGAAAACUCCAGUCGUGACAGGAAUCAGCCCUUCUCAAGGUUCUAAUGGUCUGGGGACUCUCUUAACUGUCACUGGGACUGGCUUCAGCAGUGAAAAUGCUUCCAUCAUGGUGGGAAAGGCCAGGUGCCACAUUGAAGCAACCACAGCUACCACUCAAGUGUGCAGACUUGGCAGCACCAGUGCCGGCACCAACCCAGUGUCAGUAAGCUUCCCCUCUCUGGGCGAUUCACGCUUUUCAGACGGCAGUUUCCUCUUUACUUACCAGCUCAUCGUGUCUUCUUUCUUCCCGCUCUCUGGAAGCGUUGCAGGAGGCACCCUGCUGACAGUGAGAGGCUUUGGCUUCAGCCAGAACGCCACAGUUACUGUUGGCAGUGCAGAGUGCACAGUGAUUGAUUCAACUGACACUGAACUGAAAUGCAGAACACCAGCAGGAGCUGUGGGAUCACAGACGGUCACAGUGUUGUUGGGAAACAUGAGUCAGACGGCCAUCAGCUCCUUCACCUACGAUAAUAACCUCACCCCACAGAUCACAGGCCUGAAUCCCCUGACCACCACUGUGAUUGGCCACCGAGUUCUCACCAUCCAAGGUUCGAACCUCGGGCAGCAAGACAAUGACAGCAUCGUGCUCGUAGGAAGGAAGAAAUGUGUCACCGUGCUUUGGACGGCAACAAACAUCACCUGUCUUCUCCCUGUGCUGCCACCUGGCAUGCAUGAGGUGGACGUACAGGUUGGGAACAAUGGCUACCCCCAGACGAGCAAUGGUGUAAACACAACCAUUGAGUACAUCCUGGAAGUCUACAGUAUCUCCCCGUUGUUCGGCUCUUUGAUGGGAGGAACCGAGCUGACCGUUUCUGGCUCUGGUUUCAGCAGCAACGUAUCUGACAACACUGUGUCUGUUGGAAACGCUGCUUGUGAAGUGACGGCCGCCUCAGAGAAUGAGCUGCAGUGUGUUGUGCAAUCAGAGGAGAAGACCCACAUCGUUACCAACCAGGGAUUCGAUCGUGUUUAUGGGCAGGGAAAUGCAUGGAGUCCAGCCUCACUCACCGCAUUCGUUGGCGACACGGUAAUGUGGCGUUGGGAGGCACCAGCCUUUCAGGAAGUUGGGUACCGGGUCUUCAGUGUUUCCAGCCCGAGCGGUACCACUUAUGAAGGAGGACCUUUCACCAGUGGAGAGACCAAAACUGCCCAAGGAUUUUUCAGCUACCGUUUCACCGCGCCCGGGGUUUAUUACUACAGCAGUGGCUACAUAGACAAUGCCAACCUCAGACUCCUGCAGGGAGUUGUGAAAGUCCAGAGUCGGGAGGAAAAGAGCGGCGAGGUCUCUGUCAGAGUGAAGGGCAUUGAGGCCAGACAUGUGGCUGGAAGUUCACGUCGUGUCUCCAGAGCAGCGUCACAGUGCGUUGCCUCCCCGCAAUGCCAACAGCCCAAUCAGACUGAUCCGCUUUCCCUCAGUACCUCUGCCUGCACCACUCCCAUGGUUUACUCCAUCUCUCCUAACCAGGGCUCAUACCACAAAGGGAUCCAGAUCAAGGGCAAAAGCUUCAGCGACGUGGCCUGUGCUAAUGAGGUGAUGGUGGGAGAUCAGCCCUGUCAGGUGAUCAACAGCUCCCAAUCUGAGAUUAACUGCCAGCUCAGCCCCAGCAGUGAACUUCCCAUCGGCCUUGCUCUCCCUGUGGCCGUCAGAGUCAACAACCUAGGCAGCGCCGUCAUCGCUGUGCCAAAUGAGCUUGAGCGUCGCUUUGUGGUUCUUCCAGUGGUUGACUCAGUCUCGCCUCCUAUUGGAAGCCCCACUGGCCACACCAGGCUCCUCAUCCGCGGUUCUGGCUUCUCAGAGGGACUCUUAACUGUAGCCAGCGAGCUCUGUCGCAUCCAGUCUCUUAAUUACACUUCGAUCAUCUGCGACACGGCGCCUUCUCAGCCACACGUCGGUGAUGUCAUCUUUUACAUGGGCCAAAUCCAAAGCGCCUGCCACUCAAACUGCUCCUUCCGCUACUCCUCGUCCGUCACUCCCACAGUUACCGGCAUUUCCCCGGACAGCAUUGAUGAUGUCACUACUGUGACCAUCUCUGGCUCAGGGUUUGGCAGCAGCGUGGAUGAUGUGGCAGUUUUUGCUGGGUUAACAGAGCUAGAAGUAACCGCCGUGACCGACGGCAACAUCAGUGCAAGAGUCAGCGCUCUGCCUGCAGGUGACCACUCAGUCAAAGUGAUUGUAAGAAGCAAAGGCCUCGCUUCUGGUCAGGUCACCCUGAGCAGUAAGGCACAAGCAACCCUGAACCCCAACGUGGGCAGUCUGGCGGGAGGAACGUCACUUAUCUUCACAGGAAAUGGCUUCGCUCCAGGGAACACAAGUGUGACGGUUGGUAGGAAACCCUGCAAGAUUCAGGAGGUGACGCCGGGUCGUCUUAUCUGCCUGACGCCUCCUAACAGUGUGGGGCUGGUGACCGUCAUUUUGCACGUCUUCUCUGUGCAGUAUCCUCCUCUUAACUUCACCUACUCCACCACCCACACUCCUGUCAUCAGCUCCAUCAGCCCCACCACAGGGCCGAGCGGGUCCGUCAUCACCCUGACAGGUUCAGGCUUCGGCAAUGACUCUCAGCUCGUCACCAUCACCGUAAAUGGCGUCCCUUGCAAUGUUUCCACGGUCUCUGACACACAGGUCCAGUUCGCCGCAGGAAACAAUCCAGGGGGGACGUACCCAGUCAUGCUGCAUCACCAGGUCAAAGGUUAUGCCCAGUCAGGAGUCAUGUUCACGUAUGAACUGACGCUCAGCAGUGUGCAGCCCAGUGAAGGUAGUUUCGGUGGCGAUGCGCUGCUGUCCAUCCAGGGCUCUGGGUUUGAUCCACGCAACUCCACUGUGCUGAUCUGUGGGGAGGAAUGCCAGGUUCACAGACAAACAUCCACAUCCACCCAUCUGUACUGCCAGUCUCCACCUCACAACAGCACUCAGUCAGAGGUCAGCUGCCUUGUUGCCAUCAUUAACCCACAUGAUGCGGUCAACGUGUCAAACGGCUUCACCUAUAAAUCUCAGCUGACUCCAGUGAUCACUCAGGUUUCUCCUCGCAGAGGCGGCACUGCUGGAGGCACCCGGCUCACAAUCGCCGGCUCUGGUUUCAGCACUGACAUUAACGAGAUCAACGUGACGAUCGCAGAGUCUGUGUGUGACGUGCAGUCCGCCAACAGCACGCACAUCAUCUGCGUGACCAGCGCUCAGGGGCAGUCUCAGGAAACCAAAGUCAGAGUCAGCAUCGGAAACCAAGGCAUCGCCAAGAUGGACAACGCAGAUUUCUUCUACAUUGACGUGUGGUCGUCCAAGUUCACGUGAGGAGGUCUGUCUCCACCUGAGGAGGGCACAUUUGCUGUUAUUACUAAAGGCCAGACCAUCCUGCUGGACACCAACACACCUGUGCUCAAAAUGCUGCUUAUUCAAGGUGCGAAAAUGACUUCUUAA